AUGCCCCCGCAGCAUAUCUUCAUGUUUGAUCCCUUGACUGUUAAAAGACUUCAACUACUUGAGCAAGAUUCUCGCAAACAGGGAAAGAUUGCAGCAAACCCUUAUCCGCUGGUCGAUGGGGUGGAGCCUGACGUUCUUGUUCUCGCUGAGGUUAUUAAUGAUUGUAAAAUAAAACUAUAUGGUGUCAUGAACUUGGUACAAGGUGCUACUGGAACUGAGUUCUCAAGCAAUGCUGACGAGGUUGUUCUCUAG